UUUCUCUCUUUUCGUCUCUUUCUCUUGCAGAGAUAACUGCAAUGGCGGAUGAGCCUUCUCUUACUCGCUGGUCAUUCAAGGAUUUCAAGACGUUUUAUGAUGUGAAAUUUGGGAGGAAAAGGGUGCCAGCUGAGCAGAAAGAUGCUGCCUCGCGUGAUCAGACUAUAGAAUACAGUGGAAGUUCUUUGGGAUCAAUUAAUGGGAAUGGAAGCGCAAGAAACACAUCUGACAUGGCCAUAUACGAGCAAUAUCGGAAUCAGGAGAAGAGCACACCGCAGGUCAAUGGAGUUUCUUAUGACACAGUUAAUGAAAAACCGCAGAAACCAUUAUUUCCACCUUUUGAGUCUGCAGAAAUGCGUGCAUUAGCAGAGAGUUUAUGUAGGGAUAUAAUUCGUGGCAGUCCAAAUGUGAAGUGGGAAAGCAUUAAGGGAUUGGAGAAUGCCAAAAGACUUCUUAAAGAAGCAGUUGUCAUGCCAAUAAAGUAUCCCAAGUACUUUACUGGUCUUCUAUCACCUUGGAAAGGUAUUCUACUUUUCGGUCCUCCAGGAACAGGGAAGACUAUGCUUGCCAAGGCUGUCGCAACUGAAUGUAGGACCACCUUUUUCAACAUUUCAGCAUCAUCGGUUGUUAGCAAAUGGCGGGGUGAUUCAGAGAAGUUAGUGAAAGUGUUAUUUGAACUUGCUAGGCACCAUGCACCAUCAACCAUAUUUCUUGAUGAGAUUGAUGCUAUCAUUAGUCAACGUGGUGAAGGUAACAGUGAACAUGAAGCAAGUCGGCGUUUGAAAACUGAGCUCCUAAUACAGAUGGAUGGUUUGACGAGGACAGAUGAACUUGUUUUUGUUUUGGCUGCGACAAACCUUCCUUGGGAACUGGAUGCAGCUAUGCUUCGGCGCCUUGAGAAGCGGAUCCUCGUUCCUCUCCCGGAGCCAGAAGCAAGAAGAGCAAUGUUAGAGGAACUCUUGCCAUCAGUACCUGGUGAAGAGGAGCUACCAUAUGAUCUCCUGGUAGAGAGCACAGAAGGUUUUUCAGGGUCAGAUAUCCGGUUACUCUGCAAGGAGGCUGCCAUGCAGCCCCUGAGACGGCUAAUGGUGCUUCUGGAAGAAAAGCAAGAAGUGGUGCCUGAGGAGGAAUUACCAAAGGUUGGUCCAAUUAGGCAUGAAGAUAUUGAAAUUGCUUUGAAGAACACUAGACCAUCAGCUCAUCUCCAUGCGCAGCGCUAUGAGAAGUUUAAUGCUGACUAUGGUAGCCAAAUUCUACAGUGAUGACAGUCAUAAGAAAUUUAGCAUGGUACCAGAGGGUGUGAUCAGUGAUGUGUUUGA